GAUCGCAGCGCGGAGCCCGGCGCCCGAGCGCGAGAAACCGCCGCCGCCGCCCGCCUGGCCCCGCAGUCCCGGGCAGUCCAUGGGGCGGGGACGGCGUCGCCGCGGGCGCGGGCAGCCCCGAAGGGCAGCCGUUUAGGCACUGCGCUCUUGUCCCCGCAGGUCGCAACCAGGGCUGCCGGGUGCCCUCAGCCCCGGCUCCUGGAGCGCCCGCCGCGGUCCCCGCCUCCAUGGACGCCUUCAAGGGGGGUAUGAGCCUGGAGCGGCUGCCGGAGGGACUCCGGCCACCGCCGCCACCGCCGCACGACAUAGGGCCCGCCUUCCACUUGGCCCGCGCCACCGACCCCCGUGAGCCACUCGAGAACUCGGCCAGCGAGUCAUCCGACACGGAGCUGCCAGAGAAGGAACGCGGUGGGGAAGCCAAGGGGCCAGAGGACAGCGGUGCAGUUGGCGGAGGCUGCGGUGGCACAGAGGACCCUGCUAAGAAGAAGAAGCAGCGGCGGCAACGAACACACUUCACAAGCCAGCAACUGCAAGAGCUGGAGGCCACGUUCCAGAGGAACCGCUACCCUGACAUGAGCAUGCGGGAGGAGAUCGCUGUGUGGACCAACCUCACCGAGCCGCGUGUGAGGGUCUGGUUCAAGAACCGGCGAGCCAAGUGGCGGAAGCGCGAACGCAACCAGCAGCUGGACCUGUGCAAGGGCGGCUAUGUGCCGCAAUUCAGCGGCUUGGUGCAGCCCUACGAGGACGUGUACGCCGCCGGUUACUCCUACAACAAUUGGGCUGCCAAAAGCCUGGCGCCAGCGCCGCUCUCCACUAAGAGCUUCACCUUCUUUAACUCCAUGAGCCCGCUGUCGUCACAGUCCAUGUUCUCGGCACCCAGCUCCAUCUCCUCCAUGACCAUGCCGUCGAGUAUGGGCCCGGGCGCCGUGCCCGGCAUGCCCAAUUCGGGCCUCAACAACAUCAACAACCUCACCGGCUCCUCGCUAAACUCGGCCAUGUCGCCGGGCGCCUGCCCGUACGGCACACCCGCCUCGCCCUACAGCGUUUACCGGGACACGUGCAACUCGAGCCUAGCCAGCCUGCGGCUCAAGUCCAAGCAGCAUUCGUCGUUCGGUUACGGCGGCCUGCAGGGCCCGGCUACGGGCCUCAACGCGUGCCAGUACAACAGCUGACCGCCCAGCCCGGCCACGCGGGCCGGCGGCGGGCACAACGCCGAGGCGGAGGUGGGCGCGGAGGACCCUCGC